UCAUCUUCUCUAUUAUAUGAACCGACAUGCAUUUUGGAUUGUAGACACCAAAAGAUGGACUCAUAUAGUGGAGAGAAGAUAGAGAGCCAACACCAGCCUCCACAAUUACAGCAACCAAGCGAAGGCACCUCUUUUAUUAGAACUUGCUUCAAUGGGCUUAAUGCCUUAUCAGGUGUUGGGAUACUGUCAAUUCCAUAUGCACUGUCUCAGGGAGGGUGGCUGAGCUUGAUUAUGCUUUUCGUGGUAGCAGUUUUCUGUUUCUACACAGGACUACUACUACGACGAUGCAUGGAUGCUCACCCACAGAUCAAAACUUAUCCGGACAUAGGCGGGCAGGCCUUUGGGGGUAAAGGAAGAGCCAUGGUGUCCACUUUUAUUUAUCUUGAGCUCUAUUUGGUUGCAGUUGAGUUUCUGAUAUUAGAAGGGGACAAUUUGAAUAAACUGUUUCCCAACACCAACUUUCACAUUGCUGGCCUCAAGUUAGGAGGCGAACAAGGUUUUGUUCUGCUCAGUGCCCUAGUCAUAUUGCCAACAACAUGGUUAAGGAGUUUGGAUUUGCUGGCUUAUGUAUCGGCCGGCGGGGUUUUCGUCUCCAUUGUUCUGGUUGGCUCUGUUUUUUGUGCUGGUGCAGUUGAUCAUGGUGUGGGGUUUCAUGAAAGAGGAGAGCUUUUGAAUUGGAGAGGAAUGCCUAUAACCAUGAGCUUGUUUACCUUUUGUUAUUGUGGUCAUGCAGUCUUCCCUACACUCAGCAAUUCCAUGAAAGAUAGGAGCCAGUUUCCUAAGGUUCUACUUGUGUGCUUUGUUCUAAGCACCAUCAGCUAUGCAUCAAUGGCAGUUAUAGGCUACCUAAUGUAUGGAGAAAAUUUGAUGUCUCAAGUGACACUAAAUCUCCCUACAAGAAACAUAAGUUCCAAAAUAGCAAUAUACACCACAUUAAUCAACCCCGCCACCAAAUAUGCCAUAAUGGUAUCUCCAAUUGUCACAGCUCUUGAGGCCGCGUUUCCUUUCAAAAAUAGCAGAUCAUUCAGUUUCCUCAUCAGAACGGUUCUGGUGAUCAGCACUGUUUUUGUGGCGCUAGCCGUUCCCUUUUUCGGCUAUGUGAUGGCGUUUAUAGGAGCAUUUUUGAGCGUUGGUGUCUCGAUUUUGUUACCCUGCCUUUGUUACCUGAAGAUCAACAAAGGUUCUCUGAGUUUCGGAUCGGAGAUGAUGUUUAUUGUGGCAAUUCUGGUCAUGGGAGUUUUUGUUUGUGUCUUAGGUACAUAUACUUCUGUAAAAAACAUUGUAAACCAUAUCUGUCCAACUUGAAUUAUGACAGUUCUGUUGGAAAUUAAACUUGAUUAUGUGGUUUUUAGUGUUUUUGUGAAGGUUACAAGUCCUUUAAUAUUGUGUGUUAGUGGGAGUUUGUAUUUGUGUUAAUGGAAGACAUGAGAGUUAAGUAUACUAAAUACUAUGUUAGUGGGAUUAGUGAGAGUAAUUGGGCAUUGAAAUGUAAUUAGUUAUAUAUGUCUUAGAGCCUGUAUAAAUUCAUGUUUUAUACUUAUUUUAUGUGGAAAAAAAAAGGAGUUAGAGAAAAAGAUGAAAUAG